AGUUUACGUUACUUCCGCUUCAGUUACACGAUAUCACACGAUAUGCGUUCAUUUAGAAAUAUAACUAAUCAGAAGUAAGUGACUUUAAAUAAAUUGCAGAAAGAGACAAAUAAAUAAAUUAUAACGAUCGUUGCUGAACUAAUUAUCGAGUAUUGCUUUAACAACACGACCGGAAGCCGGAAGGAGAGAGAAGGGUGGCCUUCGUAUCCAAUCAAACAAACAUAGCUGAUUAGCUGCUAGCAACGUGUUUGUUGCCGUUACCGGUUUGUGUCGUUUGAUUUCUGCAAGGAGACUGCAACGAUGAAAAUUGAGGAGGUGAAGAGCACCGCCAAGACUCAGAGGAUCUCCGCCCACACGCACAUUAAGGGGCUCGGGCUAGAUGAGAAUGGCUUGGCCAUUCAGAACGCGGCCGGUCUCGUCGGCCAGGAAUUGGCGCGAGAGGCAGCAGGCGUCGUCGUCGACAUGAUAAAAUCAAAGAGAAUGGCAGGACGUGCCGUGUUGUUGGCUGGUCCACCAGGUACAGGCAAGACUGCGAUAGCGCUUGCCAUCGCUCAGGAACUCGGUAACAAAGUGCCUUUUUGUCCUAUGGUGGGUUCAGAGGUUUACAGUUCAGAGAUCAAGAAAACGGAAGUCCUUAUGGAGAAUUUCAGGAGAGCCAUUGGUCUACGAAUCAAAGAGACCAAAGAGGUGUAUGAGGGCGAAGUUACCGAGUUGACGCCUGUCGAAACAGAGAAUCCUAUGGGUGGUUAUGGUAAAACUGUGUCUCACGUGGUUCUUGGAUUGAAAACUUCCAAAGGCACAAAGCAAUUAAAACUGGACCCUUCCAUAUACGAGUCUCUGCAAAAAGAGAAGGUAGAAACUGGCGACGUGAUCUACAUUGAGGCCAACAGUGGGGCAGUAAAGAGGCAAGGUCGAAGUGAUAAUUUUGCUACAGAGUUCGAUUUGGAGGCGGAGGAAUAUGUUCCUUUGCCAAAAGGCGAUGUACAUAAAAAGAAGGAGGUCAUUCAAGAUGUAACAUUGCACGAUUUGGAUGUAGCCAAUGCCAAGCCGCAGGGAGGACAGGACAUAAUGUCCAUGAUGGGACAAUUGAUGAAGCCUAAGAAAACAGAAAUUACAGAUAAGUUGAGGAAAGAGAUAAACAAAGUGGUGAACAAAUAUAUCGACCAAGGCAUUGCUGAGUUGGUGCCAGGAGUGUUAUUCAUAGAUGAGGUUCAUAUGCUGGACAUAGAGACGUUCACUUAUCUACAUCGCGCGUUGGAGAGUGCCAUAGCACCGAUUGUCAUUUUCGCUACGAAUCGUGGCCAGUGCGUGAUAAGGGGAACCGAAGACAUCGUCUCUCCACAUGGCAUACCUCUUGAUCUGUUGGAUCGUCUCCUCAUCAUAAGAACUCUACCAUACUCUAGGCAAGAGAUCGAACAGAUAGUAAAACUAAGAAGUGUCACGGAAGGAUUGCAAAUCGAUGACGAAGCUCUGUCCGUUCUCGGCGAACUCGGCACGAAAACUACUCUGAGAUAUGUGGUGCAACUCCUAACACCUGCGGCUCUAACAGCAAAGGUCAAUGAAAGAACCAGCAUCAAGAAGGAAGACAUUGAAGAAGUCAAUGCGCUUUUCUUGGAUGCUAAAUCAUCUGCUAAGAUACUUACACAAAAUCACGAUAAAUAUAUGAAAUAAAAGUAAUUUUACUUACAUUUAUCAGGAACAAUUAGGUUAAUUAAUUAUUAAUUAAACAUUUAUCGAUUAAAACUUAACUUUCUUGAGUCUUCGAUUAAUUGUUUUUUUAAUUAAAAUUAAAAUAAUUGUAAAUGUAAAUAUAGUAAUUUUAAAAAGUAUGUGUCAUUAUUAUAAGGAAAUAAUUUUAUAAAUCUCACUUAAAUUGAAAUAUUUUACAUAGGAAUGUUUAUAUCAAUAAAUUCAUAUUUCAUGAAUAAAAACCUAUAAAACGUA